AUGCUCGAGGGGGAGCGAGUUGUGGCCGAAAAGACGGGCUGGCUGUGGAAGCAAGGCCAUCCAAGCGAGCGCACCCUGCUCUACUUCAAGAAGCAAGAUGAGCCCGCCCUUGGCAAGCCUCCCGCGGGCGUGAUUGAUCUCACGAGCUACCUCAUCGAGAAAGAAGUUGCCGUGCCAGACCGCAAGCAUUGCUUCAAGGUGACGACGCCCGUCAAGAUAUUCCUUAUCGAAGCCCCCGACGAGGAGUGCAUGCACGAAUGGAUGAACGCCAUAUCGGGGGUGGGUCUGCGCAUCGCCACGGCGGCCGAGGAGCUGAGGCGGAAGGAGGACAAGCUCAGGCGCGAGGAGGAAAAGAAGAAAGAGGAGGAGGAGUUCACCAAGCAGAAGGAGAUGGACAAGCAGGCGCACCUCCACAACAAGAAGCGGAGGCUGCUCAAGAAGAAGCAGCGGAAGGAGGAGUACGAAGCCAAGAAGCGGGCCGUCAAGGAGAGCCACGAAAUAGAGCUGGCCCACCGGGAAGAGUGGGGCCGACUCGAUCUGGAGCAAAGGGAGGAAAAGGAAGACCUGGAGGAGAAGUGGAGGGAGGUCGAGAAGACGGAGGAGCAGAGGCGGGCGGUGGACCCCAUCACGGCGAAGGCUAAGAAGCUGCAGAAGCAGCUCGAGCGGAAGCAGGUGCGAGAGCAGCUUGACCUCCAGAAGAAGCAGGCCCGGCAGGAGCUCAAGAUGCAGCUUAGCCACGAGGACGAGAUCAUGAAGUUCCAACUCUCACUCGACGACGAGAAGGACGCCCUCCAGGAGAAGCAAGAGUUGGAGUUGAAGAAGAUGGAUGAGCGGCACAAGGAGCAAGUGAUCAACAGGAUCAAGAGCAACGAGCUCGAACUGGAGAAGGCACGCGACGCGAUCAAGCUGCGUCGUGAGAAGCUGCUGCUAAACCACGCCCAGAAGGACGUCAAGGCGCAAGACGAGGCCCGCGCGCGCGAGGAGGUGCAGCAGGCCGCCGCCGCGGCCGCCGCGGCCCUUCAGCAGGCACCACCACUUCCGCCCAAACAAGCGCAGGAGGACACCAACCACCACCACGACGACGAUGACAACGACGACGAUGAUGACGGAGGGCACCACAACCACCCUCGUGAGGAGGAAGAAGAAGAAGCCAAGCCGCCUCAGUCCUACGAACCGACUCAACAACACGAGGAGGAGCAAGAGAGCAGCUACGCGGAGGUGCCCCUGUGA